CACAGCUAACAGACUACUAGCUAGCUUCUCAACCGGACAUGACGAACGCCACGUCAACCAAUUAACGAGUGAGUCUCCACUUUCCACAAUAUGCUCUGCGCUCCGCCGCAAACGCUGCGUCCGUCGCCGCGGACGCGGACACGGCCGCACUUGCCCCCUCCGCCACGAUGCUCCGGCAGCACGCCGUCGCCUUCCUCGGCCGGGAGCAUCCGGCGCCAGGUGCUCCAGCCCGAGGGCCGCGCGAAGCUGGACCCGCGCUCCGACCGUGACUUCUACGCCUUCCCGCGGCUCGUCAAACACGUGGACGACGGCUUCCUCGCCACGCUCACCGACCUCUACCGCGAGCGGCUGCCGCCGGAGUCGGACGUGCUGGACCUCAUGAGCUCCUGGGUCAGCCACCUGCCCCCCGAGGUCCGGUUCCGCCGCGUCGUCGGCCACGGGCUCAACGCGCAGGAGCUGGCCAAGAACCCGCGCCUGGACUACUUCUUCGUCAACGACCUCAACAAGGAGCAGCGGCUCGAGCUGGAGUCCGCCUCCUUCGACGCCGUGCUCUGCACCGUCAGCGUCCAGUACCUGCAGUCGCCUGAAAAAGUUUUCGCGGAGAUCUACCGGGUGUUGAAGCCGGGAGGAGUAUGCAUCGUGAGCUUCAGCAACCGGAUGUUCUACGAGAAGGCGAUCGGCGCGUGGCGGGAGGGGUCCGCCUACAGCCGCGUCCAGCUCGUGACGCAGUACUUCCAGUGCGUCGAAGGGUUCACGCAGCCGGAGGUGGUCAGGAGGCUGCCCCCCUCGGAUGGGAAGUCGGGCUCGUCGCCGCUGGAGGCCCUGAUGAGGUUGUUCGGGCAGGCGAACUCCGAUCCGUUUUACGCGGUCAUCUCCUACAGAAACUUCAAGCCCAUCUGAAGAAUUCGGUUCGUGGUGUAGCAAUGCCAGGCGGAGAGAGAACAUAAGCUGAAAUUGGAUGUGUGAUGCAUAAAUUCGAGUGGUUCACUUUGUGUUCUAUCUUCUAUGUACCUCCAUUCCAAAAAAAAGGCAUAUAAUUUUUCUGAAGUCAAACAGUGUAAAGUUUAACCAAACUUAUAGAAUAAGCAAUCGACAUUUACAUGA